CUUUUGACAUUGACAUUAGUCAAGUAAAUUUCUAUCCUAACCUGAAAGGCCCACUGGCUUAAAAUUUUUGAAUAAAGAUGUAAUUCUAAUUCCACUUGUAAUAUAUCGGAGGUAGUUUUUUAACGAAAACUUAUCAAAAAAAUAGUAUAAUAAUGUCUUGACUACCAUUUUGAAAAAUCGGCCCCAAAAUGUCAAGACCAGACAAUUUAUGUAACCAGUCACUCAUAGAAGCCGGGGAGCGGGCCCUAGAUAGAACGAUAGGAGAACCAGGCGAUGUUAAAACCCAAUUUGUCACCAGAGAAGGAACAUACAGGCUCAUGACAUUAAGUGAGUAUUCCAGACCAAAUCGAGUGGGAUACCAGCCUCAGGGUCAGACGCCCCCACAAGUUAGGGUUUCCUUAGUGACUUUACCCGACCAGGGAGAAAGGAUUUGUUUCAAUCACGGCAGGGAACUAUACGUUUAUAUUUACAAAGGUAUUAAGAAGGCUGCAGACUUGAGUAAACCCUUAGAGAAAAAAGUGUAUAAGGGUACGAAUCCAACUUGCCAUGACUUUAACGCAGCGUCUGCGACGGCAGACAGCAUUUGCUUGUUAAUCGGCUUCAGUACCGGUCAAAUACAACUCAUAGACCCUGUGAAGAAAGAACUUAGCAAAUUAUUCAAUGAGGAGAGGUUGAUCGAUAAGACUAGAGUGACAUGCUUACGGUGGGUGCCCGGCAGCAAAAACUCGUUUAUAGCUGCUCAUGCUUCUGGACAGUUUUAUGUUUAUAACGAAGAGUUACCUUGUGGUACAACAGCUCCGCACUACCAGCCGUUCAAAGCUGGCGAAGGAUUUUCCGUGAAUACCUGCAAAACCAAAUCAACAAGAAAUCCUUUAUUUCGUUGGUUGUUGGGUAACGGGGCUGCAAUUAAUGAGUUAGCCUUCAGCCCUAAUGGAUCUCAGUUGGCUGUGGUUUCUCAGGACGGUUCACUUAGAAUAUUUCAGUAUGACAGUAUGGAACUCUUGGGGCAUGCCCGGUCAUACUUCGGGGGUCUGUUGUGUGUAGCUUGGUCAAGUGAUGGAAAAAUGAUUGCAGUAGGUGGUGAAGAUGACUUAGUGACAGUGUAUUCUAUGGAGCAGAAACGGGUAGUGGCUAGAGCACAAGGCCACCGUUCAUGGGUAGCUGCAGUAGCUUUCGACUGGUUUUUAGAGGUGGAGUCUUGUUACAGAAUCGGCUCAGUAGGACAUGACACUCAGAUUUGUCUGUGGGAGUUGCCUGAAGACAAUCUCAUACCCCCUAGACCUAGAGUCAAGAGAAGGCCGGAUCCUCUGCAGCUUGUAGGAACGCCAGCUUGUCCCAGACUGGAGGAGUGUCCGAUUCUUGAACCGUUAGUGUGUAAAAAAAUCGCUCACGAACGUUUGACUUCACUAGUUUUUAGACCUGAUUGUAUUAUAACAGCCUGCCAAGAUGGUUAUGUUUACACUUGGGCUCGCCCUCAUACGUAGUAGAAUUGAAUUAGUAUUUUUGUAAGAAAACCAUUUUUUGUAUCAUAUUUUUUGUACAGCUGGGACCUUUGUGUAUAUAUUUGUAUUGUAUGUGAAAAAGAUUUGUACUAUGUUUCAUUUAAAUUAUUUUGUUGUAACUAUGUAUAUCUCCAAUUACAUUAAUUGAGUAAUUAA